AUGAAGGCAAUGCAGCGAGCAUUGCAUGGAGCUUGCCUCGCAUCUUGUGGCAGAGGACACAUUCAAGGUCGUUUCCGGUUUUGCAUCACUGCACAGUGCCCUCUGUACCCUCGGGGCACACGUCAGAACUUGGCUGGCAUUGCCUCUGCCGCGCAAGCUCACAGAGUACCUGUCACCGUGCGGGAGGAAGACUCGCGGACUGGCUGCAAGAUGCUUGCUGCCCUCGACCAUUUGAGGCCGCAGGACCCGUCUACCCACCUAGUACUGGUCUCGGCACUGCAGACCUUUGAGAAGGUGCCUUGUAGCAAGUAA